AUGGUUAGGGAUUCCGAAGGGAAAACUGUUCUAGACUUUGUUUCCACCAUAGACUCGGUGGAUAAGGUAGAAUAUCUCAGAUCCAAGUAUGACUUCCCCUCUGCCCUGCAGGCGAGGGCUCCGUUAGGAAACGAGAGGGCCAACUCUCCUCCAAGGGGAAGAAUUACUGUAUAUGAUCGAUUUAUGCAUCUAGGGCUUAGAUUUCCCCUUUACCCCCUGUUUGAUGAGAUUGUUCAACAUUAUAGGACUCCUCUCGCUCGUUUUACCCCAAAUUUAAUUACAUUUGUACUGGGGUUUGCGAGAGUGUGCCAGUAUGUAAAGGUGGUACCUCGAUUGAUAUUAUGGAGGUACUUUUUCCAAGUAGUUGUGGCCUCGACUUCUUUUCAAGAUUGGUAUAUAGUUAAAAGACGCCUUAGAACCGGCGUGAAGAAAAUGGUCGAGGCGUAUGGCGGUUCUCCAGAAUGGAAACCGGAUUUUGUGUUUGUAAAGGCGCCUGCAAGUUAUUAUCUACCAUGGAAUCUCCGUGAGACAGAGGGCCUUGGGGCCAUAAAAGAUGACUGGACCCAAGAGGAUGAAGAAUGUGUCGAGGAGUUCCAGGCAGACGUUGAGAAAAUUUUGAAGUAUACGAAUGUCGUUAAGUGGAAUGACGUCCAAUACUAUGUGCCCCCUGCAUAUGUGAAGGAAGGUGAUACGGUCAUGUCGUCGAGCAAUGCUGGGUCUCGAUUGUUUGGUGACGAAGAUCCUUUUGUCAUUGUGAAUUCAGAUGAGGAUGUUACAGUUACUACUUGCCCCCCAGAAGAAGAAGAAGAAGAAAAGGAUCGUGAAGGGCCAAGCACAGUUCCUCCCAGGGUAGGAAAAGGAAAGAGCCCUCUCGAGGGAGAGGCUAUAGUCUUGCCCUCUCAACUGUUCGAGGGAGGCCGUACUGUGGCCGUUCAUACCUUUAGCAACCCUCCUUCAAUCGAGUGUCCUGUUCUCGAGGAAUUUGCUGCCCAACUGAAUGAGACUGACAGCUUGCGGCUGAUGAGCACAGCUUCGAUGGCUUACUUAGUACAGCUGAGGAAACUUCGAGAGGACCUGGCAGCAGCAAGGGCAGAAAGGGACAAGGCGUUGUUCGAGGUGGUUACCCUCGAGGAGAAGGUUCGCCAAGUUCAGGCCAAGGAAGCAGAGAUCGCCAAGGUGCAGGCCAAGUACGAUGAGCUCGACGAGAAGAUGAAGGCGUUUGCCGGCCUGCAUAUCUCCAAGGAGGAGCUCCACCAGUGGUGCACCGCCUUUAUGUACAGAAUGAUGUCCACAGGCGGGAUGGCUGCAGCUCUCGAGGAGGUGAGCUUGGUUGCCACCAAGUGUGGUGCGCACCGAGUGGGCGUGGCAAGGUUAAAGAGGCUCGACCAGGAUAGGUCAAUUAAGGCCAAAUGGUUUAAGCAAAUCUUGAUGAAGGACCCAAAGAAAACCAUGCACGAGGCCAUGGUGAAGGUCUUGACGAGGUUGAGUCUUGAUCAGCUCCCUCUAUGGGGUGCUUUGACCGGUGCCCUGCCCAAGAUGAGUUCUCCAGCGGAGAUUGCCUCGUUUCCAGGUGACAUCCCUGCUGUCCUGGCCAAGGGUCCAAGUGAGGAAGACCCUAUCCCCGAGGUUCCGGACGAGUAUAUGGGCAUCGAGCUCGAGGAUGCUGAUGAGGAAACUGAGGAGGAUGUUGCUGAUACCGGUCACUCCGGAGUUCAGAGAUCCGCUGAGGAUGCCUCUCAGGCCCCUUCCAAGGACCCUUCCAAUGAUCCUCUCCCAGGCAGUGAUGUUGAAAGUUGGACCGUUCACCGCGUAUACCAUAUGGUGUUAUCAGAGGAGCAAUCGAGGGAGUUUCCAUUAUAUUCUAUGAUAAGCGGGAUUCUGAGAAGUUGUGCCGACGUGCACAGCCUCAAGACAGUGGCGCAUUUGGAGAAUGACCUGCUCGAUGCUAUGAGGACGCACAACGUGAAGGUUAACCAGCAUCUGAUAAACGAGAUCAAAGGACUCCGUGAAGAGAUGCAGCGUCGAGAGGUUCAAAGCCUGAGAGACCACAGCGAUUCUUUGACUUUCGAGGCCGAGAUUCAUGACGAGCUGGUGAGCAUGGAGAAGGAAAAUGCUCGGCUUAGGGCAAGACAGCAGAUUACUGUGUCUCCCUGGUUUCUCGAGAAGCACCAAGUGUUAGCUCGAGUCCAGCACAUGAUUGUGGUCAGGACUCGUCACUUUAUCGCAGCCAUGGAUAUAUUGAAAGAAAGGUCUCGUGAAAUCGAGCUUCUUACAGAUUAUGUGGCUCAACUUCAAAAUCUUCUGCUGGAUAACAACAUCGACUUGGAGGCUUUCGAGCGUCCAGAGGAGACAGUAGAUCCUCGAACCCGGAGCUCUCGAGAGGAGUUGUUGAUGAGGGUGCACGCUCAGGAUACAGAGAUCGUGGACCUCAAGGACAAAUUAAAUCAGUGCGUGAAUCUCCUUAGCCUGCAUGGGUAUAAGGGGAUUAUUCAUCCCUCCCCCGACAAUCCUGACAGGGAGGUGCUUGUAAUAGUGUAG